AUGGCCGGAAUUCAGCAACCAUCCGGACAGAUCAAACUGACCAACGUGGCUCUUGUGCGACUCAAGAAGGGCCGAAAGCGAUUCGAGAUCGCUUGUUACCAAAACAAGGUCCAGGACUGGCGUAAGGGAGUGGAAACCGACCUUGAUGAGGUUCUUCAGAUCCCUCAAGUCUUUGUCAAUGUCGGUAAGGGACAAACUGCGCCUCGAGACGACAUGAAGGCCGCCUUUGGACAUACUGACCAGGACAAGAUCAUUCUGGAGAUUCUCAAUACCGGAGAACUCCAGCUUGGAGAGAAGGAGCGACAGCAGCAGAGCAACCAGCUGCAAACGGAGAUCAUCCAGCUUGUGUCGCAAAAAUGUGUCAACUCCAAGACCAAGCGACCUUAUACUGCAACCAUGAUUGAGAAGGCUCUGAUUGGAGAGCUCAAGUUCAACAUUGUGCCCAAGAAAUCCGCCAAGAUCCAGGCCAUGGAUGCCAUCAAGCUGCUGGUGGAGAAGCAGAUCAUUCCCAUUGCUCGAGCUCGUAUGCGAAUUCGAGUGACUGGCGAUGUCAAGAAGCUGGGGCUAGGAGAGAAGCUCAAGACCGAUAUGGGAGCCACAGUCGAGGAGGAGACCCACGACGAGCUGGUCUGCUCCAUUGAUCCUGGUCAGUUCCGACCCGUGAACGAGUUUGUUUUGGCUGAGGUCAAGGGCAAGUGCAAGGUCGAGGUCAUGGAGGUUGCUGUUCAGAAUUAG